AUGAAGUCGCCCCGACCGACCCAUAAUUACAGGCGCACACAAGAGAGUCCCAUAUCUUCGCAUCACAUCGAUAACCUACCGGCAACGGGCUGGUACGAUUCCGCUGUCACAAACUCAGACUAUCAGUACACCUAUGAGCAUUACCUCGCUCCUCGCUCCUCAGUGGCUCUGUCUUCACCCACGCCUGCAUUUUCGCAAGCAGCACAGGUACCAUCGUCAGUAACACACACCGAGACAUCAGUAAGGAAAAUAUCUCCAUUAAGGGGCUACCCCCAGCGCUCGUCACUUAGUGGCCUUGUACAGCAAUCAGUUGAACUACCGCCAGCUUCAGAGGCAACAUCACAGCAAUCACCGACACGUCUCAAAGUUGAAUCGCAUGAUCAAGAGUCUUCCCAUGGCAGCUUCUCCGUGUUACAAUCCGUUCCAGGCAUGUCAUCAUGGGCUGUUGAUUCGUUGGGGAUACACACGCCAACGUUACAGACCAACUCGUACUACGCCAACUUUGCCCAGCACAUACGGGGUCCUCGUACCGGGGAGACGACUGCAGAGCUCCUUCUGAAUGCGCCGCAACCGCGCCGUGUUUUUACUCCUAUUGCGCCACAGCCCAUCGAUACCCCAAGGUCGAUGGCUGCGAAAAGAUCAAGGGAUGAUGACGAAAUUGUGGAACUGUCAAAGAGGAGGCGACGGUCAGAGUCGACCACCUCUACUCAGCUCGAGCUUACUGAAGAGGACAAAUUGCUGCUAAAGCUCAAGGAGGAAGAAUCCAUGCCGUGGAAGGAGAUAGCAGCGCGGUUUCAACAGGAUUUGGGCAAACAGUACCAAAUACCGGCCCUCCAGAUGCGACUGAAGCGGCUUCGAGAGCGGAUGCGAGUUUGGAGUGAUGUGGACGUCAGAGCGCUUCGCAUGGCACACGAGUACUGGGCGCAUAACAAGUUCGACAUUGUUUCUGAAAAGAUGCUCGAGUUUGGCGCUCAAGAGAAGUGGACAGCUCGCCAGUGCGCGCGCAAGUGGGCAGAGAGCGAUGCAAUGCCUACACCUGUGCCGCAGUACGACCAGCACCCCCAACACACGUUCACGCCGUACUCAAUGAGCCCUUCGGAGCCUGCGACUUCGUUCCUUCCGUACAUGCAUUCUUGA